ACUGUGUUGUAUGACACCAGAGUAGUAUUCAGGAUCUUAAUAGAGACAGCUAAUAAACACCACCAUUCAAUUGAUCCUCAUGGUUGGCAUUUUUUUGGAACUCCGCUGUACAGAAUAGGCUGCUAUUCCCUAUCCAGUUGUCAGCCCAAGCAGCUAGUUAGGCUGAGAAUUGCAGUGUAUGGCUGCGUCCAAGCACAAUUUACCAGUGUCUGGUAUGAGAUAGUUAAGCAUGUUCGACUGCUGCAGUACUUGGGGCUGAGGUACGACUGUAGCGAUACUUUCCAUCCGACAUAAAUCUGUUAUCUGACAGUAGGGCUGAUGUAUUAAGACUGGGUAAGUGAUAAAGCAGUGACAAGUGGCUGGUGAUAAUGCACCAAUCAGCUUCUGUCAAAUUACAUAUUUGAGCUGAUUGGCUUGCAUUAACACCUUUCACUGCUUUAACACUUCUCAUGCUUUAAUGUAUCUGCCCCAGUAUAGGGUAAUCUCAGAUAACUGGUUUGACUGAUGUUGUCUGGCUGCAGCUGUUGGUACGUGAAGUAGACUUGCAUUAACUAUUACUAGUUUACACUAAUCUCAAGUACAAACCUGUUCCUGAACAUUAUACACUUUUUUUUCUGUAAUAUCGUGUUUUUUAUUUUUUUUAUUUUAAAGGAGUUGUUUCUUUGUCUGCAAUGAACAGGCAGCUAUAUAUGCCUGAGGGACUGUACCAUAAUUAGUGGUUGCUCAUUCCAUAGCAACACCUUCCAGCAGGGGCUUUGGGAGCUAGUAAUUGUGGGGCUUCAAAUUAAUGCUUCGUGCCACUUGGGUCUGUCAGGAGGGUAGUAACUGUACCCCUGGGCUUUGAAUGCCUGAUGCGAUCAUGCAGUAGUAGCUGGUCGUCUCAUCUUCCCUUGUGGCAGACGCUAGUAUACAGUUUCCGGGCUACUAUUGUACAGGAAUAAUGUUGCGCCUAAAGGCUGCUUCAGUAGUGUGAGGUAGAUAGCCGGUGUAUGCCAGUACUAAAAAUGGCAGCGCCUCCUUUGCGUAUCGGGAUUUAGGGUUGUCCACGUCAUGAGCUAAUAUCCGGUUCCGUUAGCCCGGAGCAAUGAUGGAAGCUAGUACUAAAAACAUUACAUAAUAGGUCUUCCGGUUCGUCUCCUGCCAGUGAUAAAGAUGGCGGAGUCCGUGGUGGAAGUUGUGGAGAAGCUGCAGUCCAGACUCUCGGCUAGUGCUGAGCCUAAGAAGCUUCUGAAGACUUUGAAGCGGUUAUCUGAAUUACCAAUUACUGUUGAUAUUUUGGUGGAGACUGGGGUUGGCAAAACGGUUAAUGGACUGCGAAAGCAUGACCUGGUAGGAGAUCUAGCAAAGAACUUGGUUGGCCAAUGGAAAAAACUAGUGCCACAAGAGAUUCCUAGAACUGCAGAACCUGAGGUGCGUGAGCAUAGUAAAAGCAGCUCCCGAAAGAAGCCAAGAUCUCCAUCACCUAUCGAAGAUGAAGAAGAGUAUGAAGAUGAAAGUGAUGAAAGGUACAGACCACAUAGUGGAUCAGGCAAAGAAGAGGAUACUUGGAACCAGUAUUCAGAGCAUGAGGAUUCAGAAGAUAAUGGUAGGGGGUAUUCCCCUGAACAAUACAGCCCACCCCCUUUUUCCAGAGACAGAAACCUUCACAAAGUAAGCAAAGACGAGAAAUCUCACAAGGAAAAACAUCGAUCAGAGAUCAAGAGUCUUAACCCAGAAAAAAAGAAGGAAAAACAAGGCAAGGCAGCUGAAGACUUUCCAUCAUAUGCAGGAAGCAGCCGAGAGAAGCUGCCAUCUCCAGAGGGCAGGGAGCACAUGCUGAAAAAGGAAAAGAACAGGCAUAGUGUUACCAAGACUCAAACAGAUGACAUUUUGGUUUCUAAAAAAUCAAAAUAUCAGGAGAAAAUGAAAUCUGAUAAGCAUAGAACGGGUUUUGACAUGCAGCUGGCAGAGAAAGGAAAAAUAUCAGAAAAAGAUCAGGAGUCGGUAACCAAGGAUAAAGCGGAUAAAAACAAGACCAAAACACAUACUACUGAGCCCGGAACACAUGAUAAGAAAUCUAUCAAGCUCUCUCUUCCACCUCCAGAGCCUGAAUUGGAUGAUGUAUAUGAGAAGCCAACUAUGUCUUUUGAAUCCUAUCUGAGCUAUGACCAACCCCAGAAAAAGAAGAAGAAACCACCUGUGAAGCCAACAGUAAUUAUACCUGAAAAGAGCAACAAAAAACACAGUGAGAGUAAAUCAGAAAGCAGAGAGACCUCCAAACAUAAAUCUAAGCAAGCAACUGACAAAAAGAGCAAGAGGGAAUCCAGCUCAGUCCUACCCAGCAAGAUAGACCAGGUUCCUGUUCUACCUGACAUACCUCUGCCAAUGAUCCAGCCAAACUAUCGGCCUCUUCCUUCCAUCGAGGCUGUUCCAUUCUCACCUCACAAAAGGAAAGCUCCACUGUUGUCAUCUCAAGACGAGGAAGAAGGUUCUGGAUUCACUGGGCGUAGAUUAAACUCCAAGAUGCAGGUCUAUUCUGGAUCUAAAACUGCCUACUUGCCUAAGAUGAUGUCCCUCUAUGAGCAGUGUAUCCGUGUCCUGGCUAAUAACAUAGACUCUAUCUAUGAAGUAGGAGGUGUACCUUAUUCUGUGCUAGAGCCAGUUUUGGAGAAGUGCACCCCAGACCAGUUGUACCGGAUAGAAGAGUGUAACCAUGUUCUAGUUGAAGAUACAGAUCAGUUAUGGAAGAAUCACUGUAUUAGAGACUUCAAAAAACAGAAUCCAGGAGAGUAUGAGUCUUGGAGAGAGCUGUACCUCCGCCUACAUGAAGCCAGAGAGCAGAGGCUGCUAAUGCUGACUGAGAACAUCCGCUCAGCUCAUGCAAACAAACCCAAAGUUCGACAAGCCAAGAUGGCUUUUGUGAAUACAGAAGUGAAACCCCCACGAGAUGUGCGCAGAAGACAAGAAAAGUUUGGAACAGGCGCAGCAAUUGUUAAUGAAAAGAUCAGGAUUAAACCCUUCAUUGCAGUUAGCAGCAGCAGCAGCAGCAGUAGUAGUAAUAAUGUGUCCUCUGAAGCACCACGCUUAUAUGAGGGACCGAGCACUAGCUGUACAGUGUCUGCACCAAGCAGUGUUCAACCUGGAUACGAUCCACGUAAACCACAAGUCAAGAAAGUUGCUCCAAUGAUGGCCAAAACUAUAAAAGCUUUUAAGAACAGAUUUUCUCGACGAUAAACCAAAAGAAGAGAAUGAACUUUCUUUUGUGGCGGGGGAGAGCUCAUUCAGCUGUUGAGCAUUCAUGACAUGGUCUGAUGGACUCAUCCAGGAACAUUGCUUCCCUCAAUACAAACUUUUCCUAGUUCCCAACUGUUGAACAUUUAAUGUUUUACUGACACUUUCAUGUUUUAAUACAUGUUUCCGUCAUCUUAUUUAUAUCUCUGCGGCAUUCCAGUCACUGUAUAUUAUCUACUGGUGGUUAUACAAUGGCUUGCCCCUCCUUUGCUGUGGCCUUAGGGUGAAUGUGCCCUUUUCUCUCACAGCAGUGGAUCCUGUAUGUAGGAUAGGCCUAUAUUUCCAUCUUAAUGCUAGCAAGCUACAUCAACAAGUUUGGGAAAGAUCAGUGUACUGGACAAGACCAGAAUAAUUGUUUGCAUAAAUGUCAGUGGGAUUGAGUUCAUACCCCAGCAGACGCAUAUAGUUUAAAGUCCAUUUUUAUACCGAUUUAAGAACUUUUCAAAAUUUGAAAAUGCUAAAUCUAUUACAAAUGUUACGUACCAUCAUUGCGUACAGUCUGACGGCUUUCUUUAGGUUCCAUCUUACAGUUUUGGGACAAGUUGAAAUAAUACUGUACUGUGGAUGCCAUAGUAAUAUACCUGUAUACUAGCAGUCAUGUUUCAGUGUUGCAGUGUCAUGUAAUGUUUGUUGUGAAUUAUUUUGCAGAGAUGUUCAGUGACAUAGGAUUUUAUAAAAUGGUGAUACAUGCACACCGUUUUCAUGUCAGGGGUCUGCAGUUAGUCUAGAUUUCAAUGUCUUUCUGAAUUUAUAAUUUAGACUGAUGGAAUCCAUUUAGGAUCUUAUUUCACUGUAAUUUAUUUCGUCAUUCAUUGCAAAUGGUUUUCAGUUGGCACUUUGCAUUGUAAAAGUGCACUCAUAUCCUGCAUGAUAGUCUCAUCUAUUUCGGUUUCAAAACAAUAUUUUAUUGAAUAUUGGACUAUGAAGCAUCCUAAGCAUACUGUUUCCCAUGGGGAAGCUCUCAGUAUUUCUUUUGGCUGUUGCAGAUGAUAUUUCUACUCUUGAGUAAAUAAAUGGCAGUGUCAGACACUUCAUUGCUCCCUUAGUGUAGGUCAUGCGUGAAAUGAGUCUAUUGUGGAUUCUGCAGAUCCCACUCUACAUUAUCCUAUAGUGAAGUCAGUGGGUAGAGGCUAUGGACUCCAGGAUUUUAUGUGAGCAUUUGCUUUAUGUAAAUAAAAUCCUCUUUUGUGGUUUCAAGGAAAUUAAAUAUUUUAACUAGACUUAUAUAUGCAAAUGAUUUUAUCUGGCUCUUAAUAAAAUGUGAAUAUUGGA